AUGCCAAUGAUGAUAGGUACACCUAAGAGGGAGCUCUUAGUCGCAGAGACAACGAAGAUGGGUGUUCAUAGAUUAUGGAAGCAACUACAUCGAAGUAAGCGAGGUGGCACCAUAGUCAUACGCACCGGCGCUUUUGCCAUGGAUAUUACAGUGAUACAAUUCUCUACCAAAGAAAACUACAAAAGAGUGGUCGUCACCAACCUUGCGACCGAAACUAUUAUGUGGUCACUGAAGGCGGAGCUGAAAGGCAGUUUUGACGCUACGCCGGCAUAUGGACUUCUGCGUACGAGUGAGCAGCAAAUCGCAAUAGACUACGCCUUCGUUCAUCCGUUUACACCGAAGUUCGACAAAAACGUGUUUCGACCAUUAGAAAAGAGGCGGCACAUUCUUCAAGCCAUAAUCUGCUGA